AUGAAUAGCAGAAUCAACAACUUUUAUACCCAAAGUCUCCCAUCUAGUGCUAUAGCUCAUUGCCCUGAAGAAUAUCCCAACUAUUCUCAUGAAAGCCAAUAUAUGAACUUUAGAAGUAGUUUCCCAGAAAACCUCAAUAAAGCACCCUCACCAACUGAAGAUCUAAUGAGUAUCCGAAGCAUCACAGUCUUUGCAAAGCGUUUUUUUGAGCUGCGUAACAUAAAAUUCCGGCAAGUCGUGAUGAGAGAAAAAGACAAAAUAUCUGCAAAAGUGUAUAUUAAUGAUAUCUUAGCAGGAGAGCAAUCCCAUCCAAAUUCAUUUAACAGAUGCAGAGUAAUAUCAAUUAUAAGGGCAUUUGAUAAAGACGAUGUUGAAAUCUUAAAAGAAUGAAUGAAAGUGCACAAGGACGACCUUGAAAAUUAUCUGGUGCAUAAUAAGGGUGAUAGUUAA